AAGAGAGCGCCCCCUGCAUUCUAAACCGGAAGUAAAGACCGCAGUUUCGAUUUCAUUUCACAACAAAACUCCAGAAAAGUUAAAAAGGAGGAAUUUCACUGUUCAUUGUUUACCUUUUUUACCUAUUUGUUGUCAAUGACAGUCAGAAAGUAAGGAGACAGAAAAUGACAGAUAACAUGGAUAACAGAGAGGAAGAUGAUGAUUUUCUUGAUUUGUGUGCAGAGAAUUCCUCUCCUUUAGCAGAUCCUGGAGUGAUUAAUUUACCAAAAAUAAACUCAAAUGUAUAUGAUGUCAGUUCAUCUCCAUUACCAGACCCUAUGACAAAAAUUUCAUCGGUGAAAAAUGAGGAUUUAUGUAUAUCCUUAUCAACAUGUAGUGAUCCCGAUAACUCAUCCUUAGAGGAUUACAGUGACAUUGAGUUAGAGGACAGUAUCAGUAGUAUCUCGUCAAAGAAAAAAAGUGCAAUAGUUCGAGAACGUUCGUCCGUUGGUAUAAAGGUUUGUAAUGAUGCUGCAUCACCUCCAAGUGCAAGUGAGUUACAAACAGAAAAGACAUUAUCCUCUAAAUACGUGCAAGUCAUUAGUGAUGAGAGUGAUGCAGAGAAGACUGAAAAAGGUCAUGUUAAAAAAACAACUUUCAAGCAGUCUAUUUCUUGGGCGAAACAAAACUCAAUCAAUAAAAUUUUUGGUACAGACAGUUCUGUUAUCAGGAAUAGGGCAAAGGUAUUGUCACAAGAAAUUACUGAAGAAAAUAAAACUAAAUCAAAAACACUGAUAAAAAGAAAACCUGUGCAAGAUGAUGGUGAAACUAUUAGUGAUGUUUCUCCUUCAAAAAAAUUAAAACCUACAGAAGAUAAAUCAAAGGAUGAGAUGGACAGUUCGUUGAAUAAUGUACAAAGAAAGGACAAUGCUAGUGUUGGGAAUAAACCACCAAAGGAAGUUGUUAUCAAAGCUGCAAUCUAUUUGAAAGAAAUGUUUCCAGAUUUAGGUGCUGGUCAAAUUGGUGAUAAAAUAAAGGCAGUGAUUAAGAUUAAUGGUACAAUGUCAGAACAGGAACUCAUAGAGAGAGUGGUAGAAGGUAUAUGUGGUAACUAUGGGAAUGCCACAAGUGAAGAUAUACAGAUAGCAAUAGCCAAUCCUAAGAUAAAGAUUUCUCAGAAUACACAAUAUAAACCUGUACAUAAGGCCAAAAACCAGCUGUCCAACAGUUCUAAAGGAAAAGCUUUACUGAAAAGAGUAGUUCACAAUACAGAAGACACUGAUAUCAUGGAUAUUGAUAUGGAUUUUGGUGUAGAACAACCGUCAUAUGAUGAUCUACAAUCAUCUUCUCCCGUUACAAGACCUGAGGUUAUUGAGACAGAACCAAAUAAAAUCAAAUUAAGAUGGAAUCAUGAAGAUACAUCAGAAUUUCCAUAUAGUGAUAAGAAUAUCAGAUAUGUGGUAGAAAUACAAGCUCCCCCUGCUAGAGAGUGGACAACAUUAUCAAGAAACAUUGCUGGUACAGUUUAUGUGGUGUCAAAUCUUAAACCAGAACAGGACUACCAGUUUAGAGUUAGAGCAAGUUCACUAUUUGGCAAGGUAUCCGAACCGUCUCCUGUUGCAGUAUUUAGCAGAAGUAUUGGCAAACCAUCUCCUGUCACUGUUGAAAAACCAGAAUGGUGUAAGGCUGUAGAAAACAAUUUCUCAAUAAUCAACAGUUAUGAUCAGUUUCCAUGGUUUCAUGGCUAUUUAACUCGUAUUGAAGCAGAAAAUCUCCUCCGAUAUAGUAGUGGAAAAAAUGGAAGCUUUCUAGUUCGCAAAACAGAUAUAGGUGUAAAGGUUAUAGGUGUUUUGUAUGAAGGAAGUGUUCGACACUACAAAAUAUCACAGGAUACUAAUGGGAAGUUGUUUAUAUCUAAGGACAAGAAAUUUAGUACUCUGCCAGAUUUGAUUGACCAUUAUUCCAUUUGCAAUGAAGAGUUAAUAACACCAUUACAACACUGUGUUCCAAAAGUUCAAGAAAGUUUAACUCAGCCUAAAGAACCUAAGAGCAUUGGAACAAAGAAUGAAACAGUUUCUAGACCAGUUGAUGGAGAAGAGGUAUCAUCGUCAACAUUGAUGUGUGAAGCUUGUCAGUCAUUCACGUCAUGUUAUAAGAUUGUACAGUGCUGUGAUGGUCAUCUUAAUUGUAACACCUGUGUAGAGAAAGUAGUCAAGAAGGUGCUAUCACAUGGCAGUGAAGAGACCAACAUCACAUGCUGCUAUAUUGAGUGUUUUGAAUGUAACAGUUAUAUUCCCGAAAGUCAAGCAAAGAAAGUUCUGCCAUCUCUCAUAUUUGAACUUUUGGAAGAUAAGAUCAACAAAAAAGCAAGUGAAACUAUUGAGAAAAUGACAGACUUAUACAGCUGUCCAAUUUGCCAGUACAAAGUUGUGAUUGAAGGAGAUUUGAAGAAAUUUGAUUGUCCACAGUGUAAAUCAUCGACAUGUAGAUAUUGUGGUAAGAAAUGGGAAUCAUCAGAUCAUGGAAGUUGUACCCUCAAUACAUUUAUGGCUAACUCGGACAUGGACGUUACUUCUACAUGGUGUACUAAUACUUUACCAGAGGGAUACAAGGAUUUUAGAGCAGUACCUCUGGACACUGGUCAAUCAGAAUACAACUUUGUCCUUUCAUUAUUCCAUAAAAAAGGAUUAAGAAAAGGGCCGUCAGGUCAGGUUAAAGCUGUAUAUAGUGUACAGAAUCCACGACUAUGGCAGAAGUUUUCUUUACAAAAAGAGCACAUGAUAGAAGACAUAGGAAAAGAUAAUAUAAAUGAGCAGCAUCUUUUCCAUGGAACAGACACAGCGGCAGUAGGGGGUAUAUGUCGUGAUGGCCUAGACUGGAGAAUGUGUGGUUUGAAUGGCACAGCUUUUGGCCAAGGGACUUACUUCGCAACAGAGUCAAGUUAUUCAGAAAAGUAUUCUCAUAUUGGAACAAUUAGACGUAAUAAGUCAGCAUAUAUGCCUAAAGGUUUCAAUUUGGGAAGUGCUAACCAACGUCCUUCGUUUGGAGGUAAUAAUGCUAUUCCAUUACCCUAUACACAAGGUUUUUCUAUGGGGGUUAACUCCCCUGUGUUAAUAAACAGCAAUCAAAAUCAAGGAUUCGGAUUCGGAACAGCAGCUUCAAAUAAUAAUGUCUCAGGAUUGUUUGGUGGAACUCCAAAUAAUCAAAAUAGUGGUUUAAACUUUGCACAACUUUUAAAUCAUUUUCGGAAUGUCAGACAAUCACAGCCUCCAAUCAACCCAGCUACUCAUCCACCUGGUUUUAGAUUUGGUGGUUCAGCCACUGCUGCUACUUUUGGGUCAGCUAACAACUUUACUUUUGGAGCCCAACCUGUAAACUUUGCAAACACUAAUGUGAAUAUAGAGGCUAGUUCUACUCAUCAACCAGAAGAUAUUCCAUUAGAGGAGCAAUUUAUCCAGACAACGAGCAGAUAUAUGUUUCUAGCACGUGUUUUAGUGGGAAGGCCAUGUGCAGGACAACAUGGUAUGCGUAAACCUCCACGUGAUGAACAGAACAGGCUUUAUAAUUCAGCCAGUGACAAUCCAGCUAAACCCAACAUAUUUGUAGUAUUUGAUAGUGCUCAAUGUUAUCCAGAAUAUCUAAUUGAAUUUUGACAAUUUAGUAAUUAAUCAUUUAAAUGAACAAAUACUCAGUUGAUGCCAAAUAAACAAAAGUUGUACGAUCUAACCUGUUUAUAAAUUUACAGAAAAAUGAAGUUAUAUGCUAAAUAUGCAAUUGUAGAUGGUGUCAGUUUUACUAGAAUUGUUAACUUGACUAUAUAUUAUUUAG